GUCCCGAGCUCCGACCUACUAAAGCUUGCCUCGACUCUCCUAAUUUCGCAAGCUAGAUUCUUAUCCUUGCCCCAGGUGUCAACUUGUGGUGAGUAUUAUAAUAUUCUCCAGAAUUCAUCAGACUCUGCUGCCAGCCCAACGCACACCUUCAUAUCCACUCCUCCUGCGACGUUCCGCUUGAAUAAUAACCGCAAGCUUGCUCCGAAAGCUCGACUAAUAUCUUGGGCGGAUAAGAAUAUCCAGAUGUGGUCGACACGUCAACGAACAUUAAUCGGCUUGGUGUCACUCGGGACAUUAUUCUUCAUCAUCCUUCGAACAACGGGCCCCUCACGCUCAAGUGUCUUGCUCAGCUAUCGAUCGGUUUUCGGAUUUCCGGAUAGAAAGUCUCUUUACCCCUACACCGAAGAGAAUUGCCAACCACCGCCUGAGGAGAUACUCAAGCCUUUGAAUGACCAAGACUUCUGCCCUCCAACAAUUUCGCAACAACAUGGCCUGACCAUCACUCGCCGACCUACUUUCAUCCUCACACCCUCGUAUACGGACUAUGAUGACCAGGAUUCUCUUAACCGGACAACAUUUAUGCCUGACAAGCCUCAAAGCAGUCUUCAUGAUGAGAUCCGAGACCCCAGUGAACCUCAGCUGAGUGGCAUUGGAUUUAUGGCUUGGGGUCCCAGAGACAAAGAUAUCCCACUCAGCUGGCCACGUAGAUUUCGGAACAAUUUGGAGCCGGAGGAGCCUUGUCCAGUGUACGAGGUGCCAGCCAUUGACACUGAUCCCCCGGAAUUCGGCCCGGUGAAAUCAUUUAUUCCGUCACUUGGUGGCUCGCAACGAGGUUGUCGCCCUAUCGCCACCCAGAAGUUGGGGAUGAUGUUUGGGUUCGCUACCUCACAAUCUCGUACCCUCAAGUACCUUCCGCGCUGGUAUGAUUGGCUUAACAGCACAAAGACCGUCGAAAUCGAAACCGUCAUGGUCCUUAUAUCUCCCAAUGAAAACAAUUACGACACAAACUGGGAGAUGGAGAUGAUCGGCAAGGCACUUGGGUUUCCAUUGAGGAUCAAAUCAGUUGCAGCGAAACGCUACGAAUGGAGAUACAUGAAAUUAGUAAAACACAUGUGGCUUGAGGCUAUCAAGAGAGAGUCGGAAGGCCAUCAUCGUACCGAUUGGUUUACGCUCGCGGAUGAUGACACGUUCUUUUUGUCACUCGAUUCCCUGAAUCGGGUUCUAUCGAAAUAUAACCCACUCGAACCUCAUUUGAUCGGUGCCUCGAGCGAAUCUCGAAAAGCUAAUAGUCAUUUCGGCAGGAUAGCUUUCGGCGGUGCUGGGAUUUUCCUAUCGCGAGGGCUAAUUCAGAAGAUGAACGCGCCCGGGGCAUUUGAGGGUUGUUUUGAGGAAUUCGGUCAUGAGUUCGGAGGCGAUGCCAUGGUUACAAAAUGUGCCCUCAAGCUCACGUCCAAUGCGACAUUCAAGGCUGAACCCACCCUCCACCAACUUGACAUUCGUGACGAAGGCCACGGUAUCUUCCAGGCUGGAUUGCAAUUCACGACUAUCCAUCAUUGGGACUCUUGGUUUCAACUUCAGCCACGAAUUCAUCCCCACACACUCAAGGACCCUCUGGCUCUUGUUGGCCUGCUGGGAAAAGCCGCGCGAAUCGUCGGCGCUGACAACUGGACAAGAAGAUAUGUCUGGGGAUUUAACAAUACCACCGACCCCAGUCAAGUAGCGAAAUCAGGAGCAGUUGUUGUGGCACUCGGUUAUUCGAUCACCGUUUUUGCAGACUCGGUACUCAAGCAGUCUUACUUGGAUGAAGUUGAACACACCUUUGCAGCCGAGCCACUAGUCAUGAAAACACGGCCCAAAUUAUUGGAAACUCGUCAACGUCGAACGUAUUAUUUGAAGUCGAUCACAGUGGUCGAAGGAACCAACGAUCGGGUGGCCGUCUUAACGCACGUCAAUCAAGAAGGCGAACUGAUCGACUUGGUCUGGGACGGUCGCCGGAGAAUUAAAAAUAAUACCAACCAGCCAUAAUGAUACCUUUGUCUUUCUUAUGUACACAAUUUUGUGGGGCGUUGAUACAAACUUUUGGAGCUGUACUGCAUGUUAACAAUAGGUAGAUUUACUCAAGCAAAGUUACUUCUUUCAUUUCUUCUUGCAAUUGCCAACUUAGAUUUAAUAACUCAGUGGUAUGACGGUGAGAAGUGAUAACGGACUUUUC